AUGAAUGGAAGUGGUGAAUCGAUGGACAGAGAGGACAGACAUCACCGCCGGAGAGGGCGAGACGACAGGCGAAGAUCGCCACCAGCUCUGGAGGCGGAUCCACACAUGGCUUGGAAUGAGUUGAGAGAUCGCGCCAAAGAUGAACAAAGAGGUGGCGGUCGACGACAUCCGUACUUCGAUCGACAAUCCGGUGAUAAUAGACACGGAAGUCGUGGCCAACGACACGAUCGGGACUUCGGCGGCGACAACGAUAGGCACCGGAGGGGCAGAGAUAACGACCGAAGACACGAAUCCAAUGACAACAGAAAUAGGGAUACGUUUGACAAAAGCGAUGAGUUUUGGUCUAAAGAGUCGAAAGCGAAGACAAAAUCGGACGACAAGGAUGUGGUGAAAGAGAAAGAGAAGCCAAACCUAUUGACGACCGGAAAGUUGGCCGAAGACACGAAUACAUUCAAUGGAGUUGUCAUCAAAUACGGCGAACCGACCGAAGCCCGCAAACCCAAGAGGCGGUGGCGGUUGUAUCCUUUCAAAGGCCAGGACUCACUCGAUUUCAUACCAGUCCACCGCCAGAGCGCUUACCUCUUGGGUAGAGACCGUAAGAUAGCGGACAUUCCCAUCGAUCACCCGAGUUGUUCCAAACAGCAUUCGGUGCUUCAGUUUCGGCUCAUUGAGUACAAGCGAGAGGACGGGUCGAACGGCAAACGGAUCCGACCGUACAUUAUAGACCUCGAGUCCUCUAACGGUACGUAUGUUAACAAUCAGAGAAUUGACGCCAAAUGUUAUGUCGAGCUCUUCGAGAAGGAUGUCAUCAAAUUUGGGUUCAGUUCUCGAGAGUAUGUCGUUCUUCACGAACAGUCGAAGGAUGAGUCCGACGACGACGACAUCCAAGACGCGGAAGAACCGGAGGUGUGCUGUGCCGGCAGUCGUACCUUUGUUCAGGAGGGCGUUUACGACGAGUUUGUCCGUAAGAGUGCCGAAGUGGCCGCCGCUCGAGUGGUGGGCGACCCGUUCAACACGAAGACAGUUCAGGGACCGCAAGUCAAUGCCCAACAACUCAAUAAAGUGAUGGAAUUAAUCGAAAGCGGUAUCAAAGAGGGCGCGACACUCGAGACCGGAGGCAAACGGAUCGGUAAUAAAGGCUAUUACGUGGAGCCGACCGUCUUCUCCAACGUUAGGGACGACAUGCGUAUCGCUCGCGAAGAGAUCUUCGGACCCGUCCAACAGAUCAUCAAAUUCAAGACAAUGGAUGAAGUGAUCCAACGCUCCAAUGAUACUAUUUAUGGCUUGGGUUCGGGAAUUGUGACCAAAAGUCUGGAUAAUGUGUUGACGUAUUCACAGGCGGUUAAAGCGGGCACUGUUUGGGUCAACUGUUACUUUGUGGUCACUCCACAGACACCUUUGGGUGGUUAUAAAAUGUCUGGUUUUGGUCGAGAGUUCGGUGAGAAUGCACUCUACGAAUACACCGAAGAGAAGACAAUUACCAUAAGACUUGCGAACAAGAAUUCAUAA